GUCUGCAGCCGGCAUGGCGACAACACGGCGAGCUCCGCUGACGAGGACCGCCGGCUUGGUGGUGGUGGUGGUGAUGGUGGUGGCGGUGCCGGUGUCGGCGACGAAGACGUGGCUGCGCAACACGGACUGGGCGAACGCGGCCAACUGGGAGGGCGGGCGCGUGCCGUGCUCGCGGGACCGCGCCGUGCUGCCCGGCUGGCUGUCGGCGGCCGUGCGCCUGCCCGAGGGCGACACCGCAGUGGCCGAGCUGCUGCUGCCGCGCACCGGAGAGCUGCUGCUGCCCGCCGACGGCGCGCUCCUGCUCGCCGGCGAUGCGCACGCAGCGCCCGACUGCCCCGGACAAGACGUGGUGUUCUCGCGGGUGGAGGCGGCGGCGUGGCUGGACGAGAAGAGCUGGAGGCAGGAGGCGAGCGAGGCGGCGGCGCUGGAGGCGGGGGCGCUGCCGCACCUGGAGCGCGUGCCGUGCAUGCUGGAGCGCGCAGUCUUUCCCGCGGGCAGCAGCUUCCUCGUGCGCCUGCCGGAGGUGCCCGUCGGCGUCGGCGUCCUGGAGAUCGACGGCGAGGAGGUGGACCAGGACUGGUGGCGCGCGCUGGUGGAGAGCGAGCCGGGCCGGCGGCAGUUCCGCAGCCCCGAGGGCUGGCUGUCGGAGGCGGUGAGCGUGGCGGGCGACUCGUGCCGGCUGCCCGCGGGCUGCCCCUGCCAGCGGCCGCAGGUGCUGCCCGCCGUGUGCCGCCACGCCGCGCCCUGCUCGCCCCCGCACCUGCUGCCCUGCCUGCGGCCCGUCACGCCGCGCGGACACUGCUGCCCCAUGUGCGGGGCGUACCUGCUGUUGGACGUGGACAUGGGCGCGUUCUGGCUGCAGCGGCUGCGGCGCACGCUGGCGCGUUUGCUGCCGGAGGGCGUGGUGCCCUGGGCGUCCAACGUGGACGUGACCGCCCACAGCGCGCUGGUGCAGCUCGUGCUGGCCGACGCUCAGGGGUUCUCCGGCGCCAGCGCAGACGCCGCCCAGGACCUGGCCGACGCCCUGCUAGCAGAUCCGAAUCUGGGAGUGCUGGCGGCGUCGGUGCAGGCGUCGGGCCCCGAGCUGCGCGGCGGUGCCGCCCUGGCUCUGUUCGCCUUCAUGGUGGGCGCGCUCGCCGCCGUGCUGCUGCUCAUGGCCGGGCUCUUCUUCCUCUUCGUCUACCGACACGGACAGUCGCUGCAAGGAGACGGCCGGCCAUUCGUGUUCGCUCGCUUCGAGAAUACGGACCAGGAGGACAGCCACGUGUCCGUGGUGGCGCCCCCGCCCCCAGAGAAGGCCUUCGACAACCCCAUGUACGGCAAGGGCGCCGCCGGCGGGGACACUGCCGUGUCACAGGAGGAGCGCAAGGCGGCGCUGUCUGGGGCCACGACGUACACGGAGCUGCAGAGCCGCGUCGACACGCAGGAGCUGGUCGACGUCGACAUCGGCGCCGCCGCCGCCGCCGCCGCCGCCUCCUCCGACGUCUGACCGCAAGCCGGCUCCACGUUCUGCACCGUCUCUGCAAGCUUGUAAUAAAAUCAGGUCCUACCGUAACAGUCAAAUAAAAGUAGUAUUCCACCA